ACUCGCCACGCUGAAUGCUAAAAUCGCAAACAACAAGAAACAUGGCAGAUUUGGUCGUGCCGAUUGGCAUUUCGGCGGCCGAAAGUGAGUCGGCGGACGACGUGAUGGAGGUUGACGACCCGUUGGUGAACGACAAGGAACUUGGUGAUCUCGGUGACGCGUCCGAUGACCUCGAGGAGGGCGAAAUAGACGAGCCGACUGCCAUCAACCAAGUCGGAGGAAUCCAUUCGCAGAUCAAAGCGGCUGGCCGAAUAUAUGAGAAUACAUUUGCGACCGGAUUGGACUUGGGGACCGCAGAAGGGAAGCUACUGUUGGAGAAAAGGGCUUUACGGUUUGGCACCGCCGAAGAGGGCAUCAAGCUGCCUGAGGUUGUCCCGGCCUGUGACGUUGACGAAAUUGCCCUGCAGGACUUGUAUAAAAGUCUGGGCAUGUCGGAAACGGAGAGUCCUUUCGAGAAGCAGGGCUUCCGGCUGAAUGCGGUGCAUAUCCGGGGGUUGCAGGACAUGGACACCAACGACGUGUUCAGCCUCUUCCGCCACUACAACCCGGCCUCCCUUGAGUGGGUCAACGAUGUGUCUUGCAACGUCGCCUGGCUAGAGAAGGUAGACGCAGCCAGGGCGCUAAUUGGUCUCUCAAAGGUCAUUGUCGGCCUCCCCGAGCGUCGCCGCAGUGACAAAUAUGAGGAGGUGCUUGUCGUUCAUGAAGACGACGACGAGGAAGGGACCGUUGUUGAAACCAUGGAAGCCCAGGAUCAGGAAAACAAAGCCCCGGAGUCGGACACGAUCCUUGCCUCCGACAUCAACGUUCCAAUCCCUCCUGGCUUCUGGAGGUACGGAGGGACAAAGCGUAACUCAAAGGGUCUACUCUUAAGAUAUGCGAGGUACUCUGACAAAAAGGCGGCAAAUGCUGAGGGUCUCAGUGAGUACUACCGAAAACACGGAAACCCAAAUUAUGGAGGAAUGAAAGGCUUCAUCUCGCAGAACAGGAAACGGAAGCAUCAGGAGCGGAGAAGCGCUUUGCCAAAGAAAGUGGAAAACACCAGCAAAAAUCCAUGGGGGAAUCUCGCUCAAGACUGGAGCUCAGUCGAGAGAAAGCCUAAAGGCAUUAAAGAUCGUUUGAAUUUGGAUGAUCCAGGUCUGCUAGAUAAAAUCGCUGACGUGCGGACUAUUCUAAAGUCAAACAGGAGCAAUCCUCCGGCGCCGCCUCCAACGAUACACUCGUCGGAUAGUGAGUUACAAUCGGAUGAGUCUUCAGAGGAGGAGGAAAUGUCAUGGACAAAGAAACUUAAAGGACCACAGAUGCGAAUGCACGCAGACGUGGAAGAGAAGAAGAUCGAGAAACGGCGCAAGAUGGCUGCCGUCCGUACACACCAUACGCGCACCCUGAUUGUGGAGAAGGCGUCGCCGCCCAAGGUGGAGGACCUUCGAAGUCGCAUUUCACACGCUGCCGCCCAACAGCCGCACGCCCCCGCCUCGGUGUGGUCCCGCCUCCAGCGUCCGCCCCCGCAGCAACAUAAGUCAGAGAGAAAAAGAGACUUUUCCCCAGAGUCUGAUGAUGAGCCUCCCGUCAGACACGCCGUCCAGUCUACCAUCUCGGCCGUCAAGGGCGACCUCAGGGGUGCCAUCUCAGUCAGGAAAUCCAGUGGUCAAGACUUACGGUCAAAAAUAGUGCGACCGGAGGCGAAACGUUCAGAGGGCAGACGUAGAAGACGAUCUGUCACGCCCCCGUACAAAAAAGAGGAGAUCCGUAUCGAGAUCAAAAAUGAUAACUACAAAGGCGGUGGCGCCAAAAAGCAGAGCAGCGAAUCUGACAGCAGCUCAUCCUCCUCUUCGUCAUCAUCCUCCUCGUCCAGCAGCAGCAGCUCCAGCGGCUCUGAGUCAAGUGGCGACGAAGAAGAGAAGGAGUAGAGUAAGAUUGAAGGUAUCAAUAAGUUCAAAUUGAAAAAAUUUUAAGGAAUAAAAAUAUGCACAGAAUAUUUUGGAAA